AUGGAAACACCUCCAUCGAUCGCAAUCAUCGGCGGUGGACCAAGCGGUCUGAUGCUUGCUCGGCUGCUAGAAGUCAAUGGUAUCACAGACUACGUUGUCUUUGAACGAGAUGAGUCCUCCACAUCAGGUCCCAACGAGCAAGGUGGAACUCUGGAUCUCCAUCGAGACUCUGGUCAAGAAGCCCUCAAGCGAGCCGGCUUGUUCGACAAGUUCAGCAACGAGCUCGCGCGCUGGGAUGCUGCAUGUUUCCAUCUGCUAGACUCGACUGGGGAGACAAUUGCCAAUUUCAGUGAUGUGGGGAACCGUCCUGAGAUCGAUCGUUUGCAGCUUCGUCGACUUUUGCUUGAGUCAAUUCCCCAUCACAAGAUACGAUGGGGACAUGGUAUCAGAUCCGUUGAGAGAAAGAAGAGCGAUAAGACGAUUGCUGGUGAUAAUGGAUGCAUCAUUCAUUUUACGAAUGGCUCCUCUGCUACUGGGUUUCGACUCAUUGUAGGUGCCGAUGGAGUAUGGAGCAAAGUCCGUCCCCUGCUCACAUCCGCAAGGCCAGUGUAUUCCGGUAAGCUCUACAUCGAGGGCAAGAUCGCACACAACAAUCCGAGCUACCCUGCUGCCCACGAGCUGGUCGGACCUGGAAAUAUGCUUGUGUUAGGAGAUCAGAAGACGAUAGCGGUGCAGCAGCUAUCAGAUGGUCAUUAUCGCGUGUAUUUUGGGCUGGUAGCACCUGAAAAUUUCUAUCAACGCAAUAUUUCCUUUGACGCUAACCCCAGCGAAGCCACUGAGGAAAUCCGUUCCCGUCUUUUGUCUGAUAAGUUCUUCGCACAUUGGACACCGCGAAUGAAGGAAUUUGUCGAAAACGCAGAAGGUCCCUUCCGUCCCUGGCCCUUGUAUUUUAUCAAACCAGAAACAGUCGGCUGGGAUCGCUCUGUGGCUCCCGCAGUUACCCUUUUAGGGGAUGCUGCUCAUGCUUCGACUCCGUUUGUUGGUGAGGGUGUUAAUUGCAGCAUGUAUGAUGCAGUCAUACUUGUGGAGUGUCUUGUCAAUCACUGCGGCAAAAGCACUAUGUUGACUGAUGUGAAGGAGGUUAAGUUGGAGGCUGCACUAGCUGCGUACGAGAAAAACAUGUUUGCACGUGGUCAAGAUUUGAUUCGGCGCAGCUCUGAGAGCGGCAAGAGGCUAUUUUCGGAUAAUGCUGGUCAGCUUACUCUCCAGAUGCUUAAUGGCGAUAUUUAG